GCCGCGUCAUAAAGCGGAAUUAUUAAUUGACUGAUACGAGCAGCAGAUUAGAGUCUGUUAACAGCUCCGAUGCUGCAUUCCGGCGCUGGCUACAAAUGACCGUGUCGUACAGGAAACUCUGAUGUUAGCAGCACCGGGACUGGACGACGGCCAACAGCAUUGGUGCAGGGACGAAGAAGGGACGCAGAGAAACAGUGUGUCGCGGAAGAGACAUCCGUCCAGACUACGACAUCAACUAACGCGAAAGACCAGCGUCAUAAUAAUAAUAAUAUAAAAGCGCGUGGAAAUGUGCGGGGAAAUGCGCGGGGACAGCGGCCUGUCAAUCAAACCUGUGACUGCGCUUAUAGAGGUAGAUAUCAGGGAGGACGGAGAGAAGACGUUUAGUGCUCAAGGCUGAUGUUUGACACCGUGACGAGUAAAAUGCUGCAUUUGACUUCACCUUCACUGUCGGCUCUGAUUUCUGUCAGUACGACCGUGUAUAAUAGUUAAUAUUUGUACAAAAUAAAUAAAUAAAUAAUAGGGGGGGGGGGAAUACCGCAGUCGAGCUCCGUCAAGCUUUCCGAAGGACGAGGAUGCCACCGUCGCUCUUUAUCGUGGUCAUGUCCUCGGUUUUCCUGAACCCCAGCUUUGCCUUCAGCUCACAUUACGACACAGGUGGCACCCCCCUGAGUGAGCUGUCAUGGCCAUCCUCUCUUGCUGUGGUGGCCGUCUCGUUCUCUGGCCUCUUCACGUUCAUCUUCCUCAUGUUGGCCUGUUUGUGCUGCAAGAAAGGGGACAUCAGCUUCAAGGAGUUUGAAAACCCCGGUGAGGAUUACCAGGCAGAUCUGUCCACUCUUGCCUCCUCUGGCUCUCAAGAUGCCCCAGAUGUCUAUGUCCUGCCCCUCACUGAGGUUUCACUGCCUGUGGCCAAACAACCAUGUAGAUCAAUUCAGCUGCUGAAGUCAGCGGAUCUUGGACGUCACAGCUUGCUUUACUUAAAGGAGAUUGGCCAUGAUUGGUUUGGCAAGGUUUUUCUGGGAGAGGUGAAUGCUGGACUGAGCACCACACAGGUGGUGGUGAAAGAGCUUAAAGCUAGUGCCAGUAUACAGGAGCAGACACAGUUCCUGGAAGAAGCUUUACCUUACCGUACUCUGCAGCAUCCUGCCCUCCUGCAGUGCCUGGCUCAGUGCACAGAUGUCACACCCUAUUUGCUGAUUAUGGAAUACUGUCCCUUGGGUGAUGUCAAAGGAUACCUCCGUAGCUGCCGGACAGCAGGUUCAGCCACCCCUGACCCAUUCAUCCUCCAACAAAUGGCAUGUGAAAUUGCCUCCGGGCUUCAGUACCUCCACAAACAUAAUUACAUUCACAGUGACCUGGCUCUCAGGAGCUGUCUUCUGACUUCAGAGAUGUCUGUGAAGAUCGGAGACUAUGGCCUGUCUCAUAGCAAAUACAAGGACGACUACUUUGUGACGGCAGAUCAGAUUUGGGUACCAUUGCGCUGGAUUGCUCCAGAGCUCAUUGAUGAAGUCCAUGGCAACUUAUUAAUAGUGGACCAGACAAAGUCCAGCAAUGUUUGGUCACUGGGUGUGACAAUCUGGGAGUUGUUUGAGCUAGGAAGCCAGCCAUACAGACACUUCACUGACAGGCAGGUGUUGACAUAUGCCGUGAAAGAGCAGCAACUGAAGCUGCCAAAACCUUUGCUGAAAGUCCCCCUGUCUGAACGCUGGUAUGAAGUGAUGCAGUUCUGUUGGCUGCAACCAGAGCAGCGGCCUGUGGUGGAGGAGGUCUACCUGCUGUUGAACUAUCUAUGUGCUAAAGGUACCACUGAGGCAGAGGAGGACUUUGAAAAACGGUGGAACUCCCUCAGACCAAGUCUAGACACAGGCAGUUCUCAGAGAACCCCAGCCCUAGAGGUGCCCUCAUCUACUUCCUCAUUCCCCCUUCUGGAGCACUUCUCCAUGGUUGACAGUUUUCAGUCUGAGAAUGGUGAUGAAAUACUAACAGUCACUGAGACCAGUGAUGGGCUCAACUUUGAGUACAAGUGGGAACAGGCUAAAGCUGAACAGCCAUACUGCUCCUCAUCGACAAGUGGGCCUCUAGGAAGUAGCAACCCUCAUUACCAGGACAUAUACUAUCCCCUUAGCAGUUCCUCAGAAAGCUGCAAAGGGGAGAGUCUUACUCUGGGUGUUUCUCCAUCCCUGUAUAAGUCAGAUUACCCAGGUGUGGUCCCAGUGUUGAGUGCACAUAGUCCGUCUGUUAGCAGUGAGUACUAUAUCCGCAUUGAGGAACCUGUAGAGUGCAAUAUCAGUGUGGAGGAGGCCACUCUUGACUACAGUCCAGAACUUGAAGCCAGCAAUUGCACCUUCUCCAUGGCUGACAUGAAAAGUCCUACUGAGGCUCAUACAAAUGCAUACUGGUCAGGAGCAAAAGACUCUAAAAUUGUUAUCAGUGAUUCAGAUGCUAGUCCAACUACUGUCCACAGUGUGGAGCCACCUCAUACACAAAAGCCGAUAAAUUCGGCAGAACAGGUAAGCCAGUACUUUUCUCCCAGUGACCGAGAUAGAUUGCACUGUGAACAGACACACUCAGGAGAACAGGAAGUUCCUUUGAAAAGAGCCCAACCAUCUGAUUCUUGUAUGUUGCCAGGGAGCUUACACAGCACAGGUGUACAAGAAACUCCACGUGGUAUAUCGGUUACACUAAGCAGCCCCAGUUUGAGACAGUGUGACCCCUACCUUGAAGCCAAUCAGAGGACCGCCAGUGAGGCCUAUUAUGCUAUGAUGGGUAGCUUACCGAAGAAUAUUCCCAGGACACACAAUAUAACUGUUGACGUUGAAGCUGCCGAUUGUCUACUUAUGGGUACUGCUGAUCCAGAAGAUGACAUUAAUCGUUUUACUGAGAGUGAAACAAUUAACUGGGCCUCGAACCACUCCACAAAUAACAACACUUUAAACUUUGAUGACAGACAAACAAGGGGGUUUCUUGACACCUAUCUUGAUGUACACCACACCACACCUUCGUCAAAUGCCGCCCAGAGCUUACAGCCAGGAACAAUAACAAUCAGGCAAAAUUCUCCAAGUAAUCACUCUGAUACAUUUAAACAGCAUUCACACAUGGAGGCUGAUGGCAACAACUCCAUUGCAUUUUCAUACACAGAGUGCGUGUCAUAUAUACAACUUUGCUCUGAGGAGCAGAAGGUGGUAAAGUCAUCAGCCAAAGAAAGACACCAAAUUACCCAUUCAGCCCAGAACACCACUCCUCAACUGCAUAUCAGAGAGAACAUGACACACUUCCCUCUGAGGGAUUAUUCAAGUAGCAAUCCUCUUUCUCUUGUAGCCGAGAAAUCAGUGACUAAGGACCGAAGCACAACUCCAGCACAAGACAUAAAAGUGCAGUCAGCUGUUUCUACAGUCAUGAAUGGAGCUCUGUCUGAGGGUGUCUCCGAGUGCUGUCAUACAAGCGGCAGCAUCAGCCUGGUAAAUAUUGAUGACUGCAGUGAUGGCGAUGUUACUGAAAUAACAUCCGAGGUGUUUGCACACUCUCCUCUUGACUUUGCAGAAGUUGAAGACAUUAACGUAGCACAUAUGCCCUUGCAUAGAGAGAUUCGAAAUCAAGAAUUCCCUCAGGAAGUUAUAGAUCUAGCUUCAAGUAUUAGCCCGUGUGAAGUCUUCAGUCCAGAUGCUUAUCACACAUCCAUUCAGCCCAAAUCACUGGACAGUGGCUAUGACACGGAGAACAACGAGUCGCCUGAGUUCAUCAUGAAAGACCUGGAAGGAAAACCAGUUCUCAGUACGAGUAUAGAAUCAGAGUAUGAAAUGGUCCUUCAGAUGGACCUUGAAGAAAAUGAUUUGACCACAACUAGCAAUAGUACUCUUAAGCUGACCAGUUUGGGAAACAGGAAUCAAUAUAGAGACUCAGCUUACUUUUCAGACUACGAUGCUGAAAAUGAAAAAAGUCCAUGUGAAGGAGGCAGCGUCUUCUUUGACAACAAAUUGGAUUAUUUCUUUGGAAAAGAACCUGUAAAUAACAAUUCUCUCAAGAAGGCGGGAACUGAAGUGGACUUCCUAGCAAGUCAGAAGGAGAAGCAGUAUAACAUCCCAAGCUUGAUAGAAAACACAGAUAAUGCUUUACUGAGUGUCAAACAGUUGUAUCUUGACAGGAGGAAUAGGCAGCUUUCAUCUCCUGCACCCAGUCCAGUGAUUACAGUUUUGGCCCCAUUUCCUCCAGAGAUGGGUGGCUGUUUGACCAAAGAGUCUGCUCCAGAAGAUGGCCUUGGAUCUGAGCACUCUGGAGAAGAGCCAGCCCCUGAAUGCUUUUCCAGCACGGCUUCUGAGGGCUCAUCUACAACACAAGAAGCCACAACCAUGGAGGACCAAGUUAACAAUACUAGCAUAGGCUUCUCAUCUGCAAACUCCCUGGGUUCAGCAUGCACUAUAUUGGAAGUCAGUAACUGUGAGAAUGGGGAAGACAGUCCAGACUGUCCGAUGGAUGGGAAAAAUGAAAAUAACGGAGUGGAGGAAAAAGCAGAGGUGGUAGAAGAAGCACUUUUAAAUGUUAAGCAGGUUGGUUCUCUGGACAACAUUUUGCCUGCCUUACCAGAGAACCUGGACAUGCCAGCACCCCUGGGGAACUGUGAGGAAGAUGAAGACUCUGAUGACAGCGAUGAGUCGGAUGAAGAGUUGCGUAGCUACAGCGUUCAAGAGCAAAGUGAGGAGAGUGAGGAGGAGUUCACCACUGUUCCGAUGGUAGUUGUGAGUGAGCGAAGUAGCUCCAGACAUCUGCGCAGCCUACUCAAAAUGCCAUCCCUGCUCACCCAGUCCUUUUGCGAUGAGCUAGAACGCAAGAAGAAAGCUGUAUCUUUUUUCGAUGAUGUCACUGUGUUCCUUUUUGACCAGGAUAGUCCUACAGCGGAACUGGCAGAAUACACUUUUCCAUCAGGGAAGGAACCCAAUGGCCAGGCAGCAGAGGGUAAGGAAGAUCCAUCAGAAAAGGACGUCAGUGACUCUGAUAUUUCCUCAAAUGGGAAUAUCUUAAAAGACGGGGGGAUGUUGGAAUGGGAGAAGGACUUUCAGUUAAUGCCCAAUGCUUCAACAUUAGAACCUGCCUCUGACAGAAUCUGCUCUCCCCCAAACUCUCCAAUCAAACUUCCAGAGGAGAAGCCUGCACACCAGGGUUCUCGUUUCAGUGUUUCCCGUUUCUCUAUUACACAUGUGUCUGAUUCGGAUGCCGAGUCUACUGGAGGUAACUGUUCAGAUGGAGACCGGGCAUGAACCCAUUCAAGAUUUCCUUUUGGCCUGAUCCGGCUCUAGAUCCUCUUUGGUGUUUAUUUAAUGUCCUGGACGAGGGUUCUCUGAAUCCGGAAGACAGUGCCUCAUGCUGUAACUGAAUUAUAUUAGCCAACCUUUCUUUGUGUCUUGAGCCAGAGGAUGGCCAUGACAUUGUCUGUUAAGGACAGCAUUUAAAAGUUCUGAAAAAUCUCUAAGCAAAAUGUUAUGUAUGCAUAUUUAAGAGUUCAAAUGAUUUGCAACAUUCUUUAUCAACACACACACAUUGCAACAAAUCACUUUAUUACGAACUGUAGCAACCAUAAGGGUAUUGGUUACUUUGCUGUACUUCUCACUGGCCUACUUACAGUGAACUUAUCGCUUAUUUGUCAGAUCUUCCAGAUUUUGGUUUUUGGCUGCAAAGUAAGUGAAAAAAUUACAUUUAAAAUCAUUCAAGUUUUGUCAACUACAACAGGUCUCGAAUUGUGCACCAGUUUUUGGAGAAAUGAAGGCAAUUGCUUUUGACCACUUUAAGCAAAAUGAUUAUGGCUCAGGUAAACUCUAUUGAAGGCUGUAAAGAGGAAAAAAUUGGGACGGCUUCAAAGUUUAAGACACAAGCUGACAAUACUUGUGUUAAAUAUCAUAUGCUUCCUCAAUUUUUUCCCAUUUUCCCCCCAUUGUGCUGCUAUACAACCCUGAGUAUGUGGAAAAUAUGACAUAAAUGCACUUUCUACGUUGAAGCCUAGCGGUCAUGUGCAAAUUUGUGUUCAUCAACAAUGUCAGGAUGCUUGUCUUGUCUAUUUAUAGAGAUACAGCCCUGUCUUUUUCCUGUCACUAAUGUUCACCUUUAUAUGCAAGUGAACUUUCAUGUCCCUGAAAGGACAGGAUUUAGCAUUUCAUUAUUAUCAGUUUACAUUUGUUGGGUCUUUCACAUUCGUCAUUAGUGUCAGCGAGCUCUAACUACACAGUGAUGGGAUCUUGGUUGUCACAAAAGACUUUCCAUUAUUUUUCAGUAAUAUGGCUGUAUAACUGCCUUAACUAGUUUAAGUAGUCAUUAUUUUACUGAGCACUACAUAACUAAUUAAGAUGCAUAUUUUCAAAGACAAUUUCACAAAUCUGCCAAAUUAAUUUCAGUGAGAUGAACCGUAGACCGAAAUGUUGAAUUACAAUCUUUCGCAAUACUUUUGCAUACAAUCUUAGAAGAAGAAAAAAAAAAAAGGAGUAGGCUCUAGCUUUGUAAACAGGUUCUACCCAAUCCGAAGAACCUUCUUUUCUAAGAGUGUAGGUUAAAUGGUGAAGACUGUGAUUACUGGAAAGUAAAACCCCACACCUAACAUUCAGGAUCUUGUGAUACAGCUUAAAAAAAAAAGAAAGAAAAAAAAUAUAUAUUUUAAACAGCUUAAACCAAGUCUCUUCCUGACUUAGUGUAACAUAUAGGUAACAUACAACCUUUACAAAAACCAAUGUAAAAUAAAGAGGCUCAUUACAGCCACUGGCAGCUCUCCGAACAGCUUCUAUAAACGGUACCUCAUCAUGCUGGAAAUGUAUUGAUAGAGAAAACUUACCACACCAUAUCAGUAUAACGACAGUAACAGAAGUGUAAAACAAAGCACCUGUCCAAUAAAUGCCUGUGGACUUCCUGUCAUUCUCAUACAUUUGUUUAUUUUCAGUUAUGUCUGUGCUACUGAACCGACACGAAGAUGUGUCUUACGCGGUCUUACUACAGCGGCACAGUCACGCUCAAACCAGGACCCACGUCCAUAAAUUAUUACUGUGCCAAUAAUCAGUAUACAGUAAACUGGUCCUCUUUAACAGGUCUUUUGUAAGCUCCCGCAGCACUGUACUACUUUUGGAACACAUAUCAGUACUUUCUAGAGGACGGAUAGACGACUGUUGCCAAAGUGAUACCUGGUCAUCAGGAGCUCAGUGAAUCAAUCUGUUACAGUUCAGUGUGUGGUUGUGUUUGUUCCUGCACUUGUAGUAGCACCAUGGCUGUUGUUUUAUUUCAACCCACUCCAUGCUGACUGUAGUAUCCCAAAAUAAAUCAAUAAAACCAACCAGUUUAUCCUUA